AUGCCACUUAUACCCAGAGAAGAGCUCUUGCUAGCUGGCAAGAAGAAACUCAAGAACUACCAGCUACGCCGGCAAAGUAUGAAUAACCUCAAAACUGAUCCAACUACAAGAAAGCAACGUCCGUCUUCUUUGCUUCUUGACAAAUCGCUUCCGUCGUUGUCGUCGUUGCAAUCAAUGGACUCUUUUUCUUCUAUUGGUCUCCCUACACCAACUUCACCUUGUUGUAGAGAUUUUGUAAAAGAUUCUACCGAAUACCCCUCCUCGCCACCUCUUGAAAAGAAGGCUACUGAAUUGACGUCCACAGCAGCAAAGCCAUCAUUUCAACCUUUUCCAUUCACUCAUAAGCAUUCAAAACCUUUGCGUCAUGAAAGAUCGCAAAGUGUCAUUGAUUACUCAACCCAAUUCCCUAAUACUUGGGCAUGUUCACAAACCCGUAUUCUUGAACCUUUACACAAGUUUGAUGAAGCCAUGGUUUGGAUGCAACAGAACAGUCGAUUGUCGACAGAAAACCAGCGUCUUCAAAAGGCAUUAGACGAUGAGAGAAGUUGCACCAUACGUUUGGCAGAGACUUUAGCUCAGACCGAAUUAGAGUUAGAAGCAGUCACAGCCGCUACUGUUUCUGCUGCUUCUGAAGAAAAAAUCAAAACCGAAACCGAAACUGAAACUGAGAAAAAAGAGUGUGGACUAUUGACGGCUACUGAAGUUGAAGAGAUGCUACGGCAGGUCCGGGCUGUAGAGCGACGAAGGUGGUCUGAGAUUGUAGAAAGACUCGAAAGACAAGUCAAUCAGCUUCGUACUGAUCACAAAAAGCUAAAAUAAUUAUUACAAAGAAAAACAAUGAUCUGUCAAAAAAAAAGACACAUACAUACAACAACAAUAUGUAUACAUAAAAUGAAUUUUCAAUAGGAUCUAAGCAAUAGCAUUCU